AUGAUGUCCGGGCUCUCGCGAGUGCUCACUCGAAUUUCGCGCAGACAUGUUACAACAAAACCUCAUGAUCCACACGCUAUAUGGAGAGAAAUAAAUCGACUUGGAAGUGAAGGAAAAUGGGACAACAUCAACAAUAUGCCGAAAGCAUUUUUGUUUGGCAAAGCCAAGAAAGAGGCGUAUGCUGCUUACAACGCUAUAAACCACAAGACCGACAUUUGGUCAUCUUCUCCCUAUGGGCAAUUCGCAAAAGGCAUUUUUAGGCUUGCUGUAGCCAUAUUUACCAUUCAGGCAGCAGUAUGGGUGUAUGAGUUGGUUAUUCCGGAAGAACACCGACUUCACUAUAAAUAUCGCGCGAAACAUGAACAUGGUGAUGACCAUGGACACCACUAG